AUGGCUCGCAAGUUCUUUGUCGGAGGCAACUUCAAGAUGAAUGGUACCAUUGAGUCCAUCAAGGCCAUCGUUAAGAACCUGAACGAGGCCAAGCUCGACUCCAAUGUCGAGACCGUCAUUGCCCCUCCCUCCCUCUACCUGCUUCUCGUCCGCGACCAAUUGAGGCCCGAGAUCGAGGUCGCCGCCCAGAACGUGUACGACCAGCCCAAUGGCGCCUUCACUGGCGAGAUUUCGGUCAGCCAGCUCAAGGACAGCAACAUCACCUGGACCAUCCUGGGCCACUCUGAGCGCCGCACCAUCCUGCGCGAGAGCGACGAGGUCGUCUCCAACAAGACCAAGUACGCCGUCGACAACGGCGUCGGCGUCAUCUGGUGCUGCGGCGAGUCCCUCGAGGAGCGCGAGGCCGGCAAGACCAUCGACGUCAUCACCAACCAGCUCGCCGCCCUCAAGGCCAAGAUUGGCAACGACUGGAGCAAGAUCGUCAUUGCCUACGAGCCCAUCUGGGCCAUCGGCACCGGCAAGGUCGCCACCACUGAGCAGGCCCAGGAGGUGCACGCCGCCAUCCGCUCGUGGCUCAAGACCAACGUCAACGACCAGACCGCCGAGGCCACUCGCAUCCUGUACGGCGGCAGUGUCAACGAGAAGAACUGCAAGGACCUGAGCAAGCAACCUGACAUUGACGGUUUCCUUGUUGGCGGUGCCAGUCUCAAGCCGGCUUUCGUCGACAUCAUCAACUGCAACCAGUGA